CCGAGCUGCUUACCUGAAAACAACAGCCCCAAUGCUCCCUUACAGGCUCACACCACCGGACAGCGACCAAAUGAAAAACCAGGUCGAGGUAUUUUCCACAAACUUUGGCUUGGCUCGAGGAGUUUUAUUCCCGCGUGCAGCCCGGAACACCUGGACGGCCGCCGGGACUCGGUAGAGAAAUCCGGCUGGUUGUUGGAAGAGCAGAGCAUUGAUCCUCCGGCAGGAGCACCAUGAGUAGGAAGACACGGCGCUGGAUUUUCCAUUUUUUCCUCUGCCUGGGAAUUGUGUAUUUGAAAAUCGGGGGUCUGUCAUCGGUGGUCGCGCUGGGAGCGAGCAUCAUCUGUAACAAAAUCCCCGGCUUGGCCCCUCGUCAGCGGACUAUCUGUCAGAGCCGACCCGAUGCGAUCAUAGUGAUCGGAGAAGGGGUUCAGAUGGGGAUCAAUGAGUGUCAGUUUCAGUUCAGACACGGACGCUGGAACUGCUCAGCCCUGGGGGAGAGGACCGUGUUCGGGAGAGAGCUCAGAGUGGGCAGUAAGGAGGCUGCGUUCACCUAUGCUAUCAUCGCUGCCGGGGUUGCUCAUGCAGUAACUGCUGCCUGUACACAGGGAAGCCUCAGUGGCUGUGGUUGUGACAAGGAUAAGCAGGGUUUCUACAACCAGGAGGAAGGCUGGAAGUGGGGCGGAUGCUCUGCAGAUGUUCACUACGGCCUCAGCUUCUCUAAGGUGUUUGUGGAUGCGCGGGAGAUCAAGCAGAAUGCCAGGACUCUCAUGAAUUUACACAACAAUGAAGUGGGACGCAAGGUCCUGGAGAAGGGCAUGCGUCUGGAAUGCAAGUGUCAUGGCGUAUCAGGAUCCUGCACCACCAAAACGUGCUGGACUACGCUCCCCAAGUUCCGUCAGCUGGGAUACAUGCUCAAGGAAAAGUACAAUCAUGCUGUGCACGUGGAGCCUGUGAGAGCCAGUCGUAACAAGCGCCCUACUUUCCUAAAAAUCAAAAAACCCCAUUCCUACCGUAAGCCCAUGGACACGGAGCUGGUCUACAUCGAGAGGUCGCCCAACUACUGCGAGGCCGACCCUCUGACCGGCAGCAUGGGAACACAGGGCCGUCUGUGCAACAAAACGGCUCUGCAGCCCAACAGCUGUGACCUGAUGUGCUGUGGUCGAGGAUAUAACACGCAUCAGUACUCCAGAGUUUGGCAGUGCAACUGCAAGUUCCUUUGGUGCUGCUAUGUCAAAUGCAACACCUGCAGCGAGAGGACAGAGGUGUACACCUGUAAAUAGAAAUAUUUAUUGGACCAGUUUUAGAUGCACCUCUAGACUGGACUAAGCGUACGUCUUGUUCUUGAACUUCAGAAAAGGGUUUGCUGUGGCUGAUACACACAUGUGGAGUGACUGCCAUGCUAUUCUGGCAUUAAAGAAUAACUAUGUCAGGUUCUGCCUCCAACAUGUUACUUAUAGUGAUGCCAAUGGACAUCUUCCAUGACGUGACACUGGACUUAACCUAUGGGCUUAUUCUUCUUUUUAAUUCAUAGGACAUUUCAUGCCUCAGGCCUGACUUUUCUGCAGGCCUGCUGCUCUAUUGGCAUGACUCACCUCCUACAAUGCUAUUGUUUUUCACUAAUAAUUUAUUCAAUGAGAAAACUACUGAUUAUUUUUAAAAUCCACUGAUGACAUAAUGGGGUGAAGUUUUUAAGUCAGUUAGAUGAAUUUGUGUCAAAUAUUUUUUUGCGCACUUAAAGAGUUCUUUCUUUCACACUGGAGCUAAAAAAACUGAAAUGAUCAGAAACUAACUCAGCUAAAUGACACUGCAGCUUAUGUGAAUUAAGCCUGGAAAAAGAACUUUAAACUACUGAUCCUGGGCUUGGUAUGAUAGUAUUGUUUCCUAUUGUUUGCCAUAUUUCCUGCCGAUUUGCUGCUAGCUGUUUGUUAAAGGGAUGGAGUUUGUCACUGAGCAGCCAUAUUGACUUUUUUUUUUAGCUAAGCUGACAUCACUAUGAGCUUCUGGACAUUGCCCUUAAGUUUGGUUGAUAGAUUAUAUUUUAUAAAAGAUUAUUUUUAUAUGAUAUUUUUAUUUAUUUCUAUCUAUAUGUAAGAUAUUUUCCCAUAGCAUUUCUAACUGUACAGUUACUGAGUUUCCCAAAAGGAAGUCCCCUUUGAAAUACUGUUAUAAAGAUAUGCCACGUCCCUCGACAGUAGAAUAUUAUGUUACACUGAAAUGUGCAGUAAGUGGGAUUUUUUUGACAAGUUCUCUUUUUGGAUCAAAGCCCUCAAGUACACAAUAUGGACAAAAGUACUUUUUCACCUGACCAUUAUACUAACAAGAACUGUAAUGACAUUGUAUUCAAAUACAUGCACAUUAAUAUGAAGUUGCUCAAAUGCCUCUGUGGGAAUUUGUGCCCAUUCAUUCUGUAGAGCAUUUAUGAGGUCAGGCACUAAAGUUAGACCAGAAGGUCUGGCUAGCAUUUUCCAAAAUGUCUUGGUCUGCUGAAGCACAAAGAUUGCCCAGCAUCCGCCAAACCCAGACUCACCCAUUUGAUUGCCAAACAGAGACGUGUGAUUAAUCACUCCACAGAACACGUUUCCACUGCUCCACAGUCCGGUGUUUGUGCGCCAUCCAAUGCUUGGCACUGGACUUGGUGAUGUUAGGCUUGCUUGCAGCUGCUCGGCCAUGGAAACCCAUUCCGCGGAGCUCCUGCCACACAGUUUCUGUGCUGAAAUUAAGAAGUUUGGGACUCCAGCUGAGAAAUCAGCAGAGUGCUGGUGCCUUAGCAGUCUCUGACCUUGCUCUUUGAUUUUACAUGGUCCUUUACUUAAGGUUAAGUUACUGUUGUUCCUAAACGCUUCUACUUUCUAUUAAUGUUACUUACAGUUGACUGUGGAAUAUCCAUCAGGGAUGAAAUUUCACAACAACCUUUAUUGCAAAGGAGGCAUCAUCACUUUACCACGCUUGAAUUCACUAGCUCUUCAGAACGACUCAUUUUGUAUUACAAAUGUUGAUAAAUGUAGACUGCAUGGCUAGGUGCUUGAUUUAUACACCUGUGACAACUAGUCUGUUUGACACACCUGAAUUCAGCAAUUAAAAGGGAUGGCCAAAUACUUUUGUCCAUAUAGUGUAGCACCAGACUUGCAAAUGUUUCAUGAAUGUUACCUUAACUGACCGACUGCUAUCUGUGGUACAGGGUAUCUUUCCUCUGUCUGUCUAAAAAUGUAAAAUGUGUCUUCUGGUUUUCAUGUCCUAACAGAAAAAAAACAAUAUUAUAGCAUGUGCCUCACAAAUUUCAGUCACACCUUGUUAAAAUAAAGGUAAAAAAAUAAAAAAUUUGGUAGCAUACAAGCUCAGUUAAGACUAUGGAUUUACAAUAGUACUCUACUGUUUCCUAUGACAUCCCUACACAACCUUAUUCAUUUUUUACUUGCUGACUGAGCACAAAUGCAGAAAUCAGUGUCGAAAAUGUCUAGAAUAUAUAAAAAAACACAACAUAGAUCAGGUUAUAUCUUAUCAAAUCACUAACCUGCCACUCCAAACUGACUGUUUCACACAUACAGUAAUGUGCAGAACUUUUAGGCGUGUCAAGGCCAAAGAUUAAGCAGAAGUAACACGUAGUCGUGGCAAGUAAGCUGCCAUCCGAAGACUUCACACAACCACAGCUACGGUAUGCUCUGGAUGUACUUGCAUAUUACCAGGGGCAUGGGGAAAUAAUCUGUUGAAGAAAAAGAACAAAGUUCACACCUCAAGGGUGGAGUAAGGGGUGGAUGUGGCACGUAAGCAGCAUAGCCCAGGGCAGGGGCUCCCCAACUUUUCAACCUGUGACCCCUAAAAUAACAGUGCCAGAGACCAGGGACCCCCACUGUACCUUAAGGGUGGUUUAGGUAUAGCUGAACACAGCAGUGCACAUAAGAUAAUAGUCUUAUAUUUUAAAUAUUUGUUAACUUUACUUUCAUUUCAGUGUAAAUCUCAGCAAAUGGACACGUUUUAUUGUACAUUUCACUUAUUUUAAGCAUAUUUUUUUGCAAAAAUGAGUGAAACACACAAUUUUAAGACAUUCCUUUUAUUAUGUAAAUGAUUCCCUAGGGGGUCUCUGCCCCCACUUUAGGAACCACUCACCUAGGGUACAUUUGGGUAGUAGGGUUGCAGUGAGCCCCUAGUUGUGCAUGUGGAUGCCCCAAGGACCCAAAAACUGCCUGCAGUCUCCAGGUAUAUUACCAGGGGUGAACAGGUUCAGACAAAAAGAGAUGCCGUUGAGCUUGACCUUGAAGUAUAAAGCUUGACUCUGACCACUUCUACCCCCCUCCUCUCUAGCUCUGAGUUGUGGCACAUCAGGCCCCCUGAUAAAUCCUUAGAGACCAACAAGCCUUUGCACAAGACUGUAUGUGGCAUGGGAUCAUGGGAUAUAUUUCACAUUCUGGGCAACAGCCCAUACACGGUAUUUGAGACCCAAAGGAUGAUUAGUUAAGCAUCCUUUCUGUCACAUUCAUUUUUGGCCAAUUAGUUCAACGAAAUAUAUAUGACAUUGUAGGCGUGCACCGCUGCAGAGGAACAAACUACAUACUGCAAGCUUGUAAGGCAACCACUGACAAGUCAAUACACAAUUCUUUAACAUCAGUGGAGUCAGUUGGUUACUUAAACUUCCUGAAGGCAAUUGGAUAGAAAGGAAAAACUCCAUUUCACCCAGAAGACCUUACAGUGUGUCUCUUUGCUUGCCUUUUAUUAAGAAAUGUCUGUUUAUGAUAAAACUGCCACUAUAGCUGCAUUCACACAAAUUUUUACCAACCACCAUUGUUUACAGGCUUGCAGUCACUUCCACUAAACCAUGCCUGUAGCUACUGCCUCAUUCUAUCAGGAUGACCCUGAUUGGUCUGGUCAUUCUCUGACAAGUUUUUCAGCUGAAGCUUUGCAGGAUGGAUCCAUCUAAAGACAGUAAUGUCAGUCUGCCCCCCAUCCAAAAAAAAAUAUGACCUUACAGGUAGUUUCAACCAGUAUUCAAUCAAUUUAAAUGUUAAAUACCCAAUACCCAAAGAAAAGUCAGUACUGCCUUAACUGGACCACUCAUAUUUCUCAGCAGCCUAUCAUAACGGGAUAGGUAAAGAUUGACUUGACUGCAUCAAGUGUUUGGGAUAGUUUUCAUUUCUUGGCUGUAAGAUACCAUGCGGUUAUUUUUUCACCAUUUUCAUUUGGUUGUUGUAAAGAAAGUUUCCAGUAAAGUGCCUGAACUGAUGUCGUUAUAUCACCAAACUGCUGCAGUGCUCUUAAAUCAAAGAUCAUUGUAGACCAGUUUCAUGUAAAACUACAUUGCCUUCUCGUUUGUCUUUGGUUA